AGAUUACAGAGGAAUUAACGUCAUUCCUUUGUCAUUAUAUGAAUAUAUUGAUAUUUGAUUUUAAUCAGAGGGAGUGGAGAGAGGAGGGCAGAAACAACAGGAUGUGCCCUGAGUAGCAUAGAAACACGAGUCAGGGGAACUGGCACUAGGGCACGGGCAGGCGAAAACACAAGCUGGGGGAACAGUUUGUGGCACUGGAGACGAUCAUUGGAUGCUUGGAUCAACGUGCAGCAUGUAACAGAGGGUUGGAUAACACAGAUCUUUCAGAGCUCUGCAUGUGUUUUUGGUGAGGUGUAUAUGGUUGCUGCUGGGAUAUGGAUGGGCCGCCGGAUGGGGACAGUAGUGGCGUCCCACUGACCUGGAGGAUUUCUGUGAGAUAGACUCAAGACGCAGUGGGAGCACCUCCUGGUUGCUUCUGCUCUUCCAGCCUCAGACAUGAACCUGGUGCUCCUGGCCUUCAGGCUGAUGUGCCUGGCCUGGCUGUGGCCUGUCACUCUGCACAACGGCAGCCACCAACCCAACAAGAGGAGGCACAAGGACGUGUACCUUGGGGAGAACAGCAAGAACCAGCACGGAGGACGAAUAGACUUUAAGAUGAAAAAGUCUGACAGCACCAAGUCCCUGCUAAUUAAAUCUGAACAGCUGCUCCGUAUCGAGGACCAUGACUUUGCAAUGCGGCCUGGCUUUGGAGGGGCAGCUAUUCCUGUGGGCAUAGACGUGCAAGUGGAAAGCAUUGACAGUAUAUCUGAAGUCAACAUGGACUUCACCAUGACUCUGUACCUGAGACACUACUGGCAGGACGACCGGCUGGCCUUUCCUUCCAGCAGCAAAAAGAGCCGGACAUUUGACGCUCGGCUGGUGAAGAAGAUCUGGGUGCCGGACGUGUUCUUUGUCCACUCCAAACGUUCCUUCAUCCAUGACACGACCAUGGAGAACAUCAUGCUGAGGGUGUACCCUGACGGCAACAUUCUCUACAGUGUCAGGAUCACUGUGACUGCUCUUUGCGCCAUGGACUUCAGUAGUUUUCCUUUGGACACACAGAAAUGCUCUCUGGAACUGGAGAGCUAUGCGUACAAUGAGAACGACCUCAUGCUCUACUGGAAGAACGGGAACGAUUCAUUAAGGACUGAUGAGAUCGUUCUCUCGCAGUUUUUUAUUGAAGAAUUCCACCCUUCCUACGGGCUUGCCUUCUACAGCAGCACGGGUUGGUAUAACAGGCUCUACAUAAACUUCAUCCUCAGGAGGCACAUCUUCUUCUUCAUGCUGCAGACCUAUUUCCCCACCAUGCUGAUGGUGAUGCUCUCCUGGGUGUCCUUCUGGAUUGACAGGAGGGCUGUGCCUGCCAGAGUGUCACUGGGUAUCACAACAGUUCUGACCAUGUCCACCAUCAUCACAGGCGUGUCAGCCUCCAUGCCUCAGGUGUCUUAUGUAAAAGCUGUGGACAUCUACCUGUGGGCCAGCUUUCUGUUCGUCUUCCUGUCCGUCAUUGAGUACGCCGCUGUCAACUACUUCACCACUGUGGAGGAGAUGAAGAAGCUCAAGGGGGGAAAGAUCCCUGCAGAUUUCAAUGCCACUCAAACUAUGGCUUUUGACGGAUGUUACCAUGACAAUGAUAUUGACCUGACACCCUUCCCAGAGCUCCCCAGCACCCCCAACACAGAGCGGAGUCGGACGGCCACGUCGAGGAACUCUGCUGCAGAGCCCCCUCCCACAGAGGGCACCAGGCUACGACGCAAAAAAUCCAUCAAACACAACCUCAGCUUCAUCAUGAGUAACAGCUACAUGAUUGACUCCUACUCCAGAGUCGUCUUCCCCAUGACCUACCUGAUGUUCAACAUCAUCUACUGGAGCUUGUACUCAUGAGUGUGUACUCUACUAAUAAAUAUUGAUAGAACUACA